AUGGCGGCGCCCGCUAAGAAAGUGUUCGAGGUGUUCGUUUCGAAGCUUCCAUGGACAGUCGCUAGCAAGGAGAUGAGGGAGUACUUUGGACAAUUUGGACAAGUCAAAUGGUGCCGACUCCCAUUUGAUAAAGAAACUGGCUUCCACAGAGGAUUCGGUUGGGUUGGAUUCAACUCGGAGGAGGGACUAAACAAUGUACUGCAGAAAGAGCCACACAUACUAGAAGGAGCAAAGCUUCAGGUUCAGAAGAACAGGCAGACGUUUUCUGGAUGGAAAUCAAUCAAAAAUGAAAGUGACUGA